CAGAAUUGCGGAAGUUGUUCUCUGUACCUUUUUUCACAUGGGUUUUCAUUUGAUUGUUUAAUCAAAUAAUUAAUCGUCGUUCAACUGAUUAAAUUUAAUUUAACCAACAUGGGAGUCCCAGCAUUUUUUCGCUGGUUAAGUAGGAAGUAUCCGUCUAUUCUUGUUCACUGUGUUGAGGAAAAGACUAAAGAGGUAAAUGGUGUGAAGUUUCCAGUGGAUACAAGCCAGCCAAAUCCAAACGAUACAGAGUUUGAUAAUCUCUACCUGGAUAUGAAUGGUAUCAUACAUCCUUGCACACAUCCAGAAGACAAGCCAGCUCCAAAAAAUGAGCAGGAAAUGAUGAUCCUGAUAUUUGAAUACAUCGACAGAAUCUUUUCCAUUGUCCGCCCCAGAAGGGUACUGUACAUGGCUAUAGAUGGAGUGGCUCCAAGAGCAAAGAUGAAUCAGCAAAGAAGUAGACGAUUCCGAGCUUCAAAGGAAGCAGUGGAAACAUCAGAAGAAAUAGCUCGUGUAAGAGAAGAGUUGUUACAGAAAGGCUGUACCCUUCCUCCUGAAAAACCUGCUUCAGAAAAGUUUGAUAGCAACUGUAUCACACCUGGAACACCAUUUAUGUUCAGACUUGCCAAUUGUCUGAGAUUCUACGUCCAUGAUAGAUUGAACAAUGACCCCGGAUGGAAAGGUAUAAAGGUUAUACUGUCUGAUGCCAACGUUCCUGGAGAAGGUGAACAUAAGAUCAUGGACUAUAUCAGAAAACAGAGAGCACAACCAGAUCAUGAUCCCAAUACCAGACAUUGUCUGUGUGGAGCUGAUGCUGAUUUGAUCAUGUUAGGUCUGGCCACUCAUGAACCAAACUUUACCAUAAUCAGAGAGGAAUUCAAACCCAACAAACCAAGGCCCUGCAGUCUGUGUGGUCAGAUAGGCCAUGAACUGAAAGAAUGUCAGGGAAUACCCAAGGAAAAGUUUGGUGAAUUUGAUGAGAAGGCACCAGUAUUUGCAGAUGAAACACCGUUUAUAUUUUUGCGACUCAAUGUUCUGAGAGAGUAUUUAGAAAGAGAGCUACAGAUGAAUGGGCUUCCAUUUCCGUAUGACUUUGAGAGAGCCUUAGAUGACUGGGUGUUUAUGUGUUUCUUUGUUGGAAAUGAUUUUUUACCACACUUGCCAUCACUUGAAAUCAGAGAAGGUGCAAUAGACAGAUUAAUAAAGCUGUACAAAAAUGCAGUCAGAAGGACAGGGGGUUACCUUACAGACAGUGGUGUUGUGGCCUUGGAGAGAGUACAACUUAUAAUGCAAGAGUUGGGAGAGGUAGAAGAUGAAAUCUUCAAGAAAAGACGAGAUGAUGAAAUGAAUUUCCGCAGAAGAAAUAAGGAAAAAAGGAGAAGAACAAGAAGGAUGAAUGACAAGCCACGAUAUAUUCCUGGAGGAAUGUUGGCCCCACAGCCACUUGGACGAGGUCGACCAGGUCUGGGAGCCCCGUCAGGUAAUGUGAGACAGGAAGCAUACCAGCAGAGAAUGCAGAACUUUUCCACAUCAUCAACAGAUAGAGAUCUCUCAAACCUUGAUGCAGCUCAGGCACUCAAAUCUAUGAUGCACUCUGGGAAUGAAGAAAGAGGAGAGAAACGUAAACAUGAGGCUGUUGACAGUGAUAGUGAACCAGAACCGGAAGAUGAUGUCAAAUUAUGGGAAGAUGGUUGGAAGGACAGGUACUACAAAAACAAGUUUGAUGUUGGAUCAGAGGAUAUUGCUUUCAGACAUAAUGUUGCAAACCACUAUGUACGUGGGUUAUGUUGGGUGUUGCGGUACUAUUACCAAGGCUGUGCCUCCUGGAAAUGGUACUUCCCCUAUCAUUACGCACCAUUUGCAUCAGAUUUUGUCAACGUUGCUGCACUGUCAAAUGAUUUUGAGAAAGAUACAGAACCUUUCAAACCUUUGGAACAGUUGAUGGGCGUGUUCCCAGCAGGUAGCAAGCAGCAUGUACCGCCUACAUGGCAAGAGCUGAUGACAAAUCCAGAAUCUCCCAUCAUUGAUUUCUAUCCAAUCAAUUUUAAAAUUGAUCUCAAUGGCAAAAAAUAUGCCUGGCAAGGUGUGGCAUUGUUACCAUUUGUUGAUGAGAAGAGGUUAUGGAAAGCCUUAGAUACAGUAUAUCCCGAUCUCACAGAUGCUGAAAUAAAGAGAAACAUCCGUGGAAAUGACAGACUGUUUGUUAGCCAGUCCCAUCCUGCACAUUCUUUCCUGGAAGCACUUUAUGAGGAAAACAGAAAUGACAAAACUCAAUUAGACAUGAAUACAUCACUGUCUCAGGGAAUGGGAGGCAAGGUUUGGGGAGAUGAGUUUGUUUACCUAACAGGAGAAACUGUGAAAAGUCCCUUACCUCAGCUAGCUGAUCUUGAAGAUAACAGAGUAAUAAGUGUACAAUACCAUGAUCCAACAUAUGAGAAAGGUUUCCUGUUUCAAGCAAAAGUUUUACCAGGGGCAGUUAUGCCUGAACGUGCCUUGAAGCCUGAAGACUUUGAGAAAUUUAACCGAAAUCAGCAGUAUCGUCCACAGCUAGGCUUCCAGAAAGACAGUGGCUACAGGGGUCGCAGAGAUAUGGGGCCGGCUAAUAGAAUGAUAAGGGGCGGUGCAAACAUAGGUCCACCUUCAUCGUACGGUCAAGGUGGUCAAGGCUACCGAAGCUACAAUCAAAGUAAUAGAGGGGGUGGAGGUGGCUAUAACAAUGGAGGCUAUGGUGGGUAUGGUGGCAGACAAGGAGGAGGUUGGAUGCCUCCUGCAUUACCUCAUGUUAACCCAAACAUGAACCAGGGUAACCAAGGUUACCAGAGGAACCAGUCUGGUCCAAUGAAUGCAUUUCAGAGAAAUACGCAGGCCCAGUCCGGAGGCUAUGGUAGACACAGUCAGGAAGGCGGGGCUACCGGAUACGGAUAUGGCAAUGCAAGUUCAUAUGGUGGCUCAUAUAACAGUGGUGGCGGUUCCCGGUAUGGGGGAUCAUACUCUACAUCAUACAGUGGUGGUGGAAGUGGAGGGAACAGGAACCAGCAAGGAAACAGAAAUGACACAUAUGGGAAAGACAACAGAGGGUACCCCUUGCCCCCUGGUUACAGAAGAUGAGGGUCAGGCCUGAGGCAAACAGUGGAACAGUCGUGCAUUAUGCUCCUUGUCUGUGUACAGUCUGCCUAAUGCUGAAUGUUGAUAUAUUCAAAAACAAUGUUGGGGAUCAUCUACAGAAUAAACUUAGAUACUAUAUAGAAAUGUGCAUUCUGCAAUUGACUGCAGACAGCAAACACGAUUUUACAUGUCUUCAUUUUCUGUAAAGUUGAAAGACGAAAUGUGUUGUCUGUCAGUUACCUGGAAGUUAAAAAACUUUUUUAAUUACACAGUUGAAGACCAUCCAGAUAACUUGAACAUUUAAUAGCCAUUGCUGAUGUUGUAAACUGGUGCCAUUUUUAGCUCACCUGAGCAAUGCUCAGGUGAGUUUUUCUGAUCGCUCAAUGUCCGGCGUCUGUCGUCCGUCGUCUGUCGUCCGUCGUCUGUCAACAUUUAGCUUGUGUAUGCGAUAGAG